UAACUCCUUUGCUAACUGCCCUCCCUCUUCUUUGCGGCCCCUGGAGACACACCCCUUGGGACUUAAUGCGCAGGCGCCGCUCUACCGAACUUGCAUUCGGCUGUCUCGUUACGCAUGCCCGGGCGGCAGCGGCGGUCGGGCUUCACCGCCGGAAGUUCGGCGGCCAUCACCAAAGAGUGCUGGUUCGGCUAGCUAGCUAGAGGGGCUCGUUUCCGCCCGGCUCCCGGAUGGUGGGCGGCCAUCUUUGGUGCUCGCAAUUAAAGGCUGUGGUGGGAUUGGCUUCGCAUCGUGGGCUCGUCCGCUGUUACCCACCUACCAGAGUCCUUCCCCGCGGGGCGGGACCUCGUAACGGCCAACUCCUUUCCAGGUGAAGGGUAACGGCGGUACGUUGGGUCUUUGAGCAAGCCUCCUCGCUUCCUCCCACGGGAAUCCCAGGACAGGCCCUACGCCCUGGCUGAUCAGCCCUAGGCUGAAGAAACACUUAAGUUCUGGAAAUAGCGACCCAGUAUCAUGGCUGGCAGCCCUAAUGAAGAUUCAGAAGGAAGCCGAAUUACUUAUGUGAAAGGAGACCUAUUUGCGUGCCCCCAGACAGACUCUUUAGUGCAUUGUAUCAGUGAGGACUGUCGAAUGGGCGCUGGGAUAGCUGUCCUCUUCAAGAAGAAAUUUGGAGGAGUGCAGGAACUGUUGAAUCAACAGAAAAAGUCUGGAGAAGUGGCUGUUCUGAAGAGAGAUGGACGAUAUAUAUAUUACCUGAUUACAAAGAAAAGGGCUUCACACAAGCCAACUUAUGAAAACUUACGGAAGAGUUUAGAGGCUAUGAAGUCUCAUUGUCUGAGGAAUGGAGUCACCGACCUUUCCAUGCCAAGGAUUGGAUGUGGUCUUGAUCGUCUGCAAUGGGAAAAUGUAUCCGCAAUAAUUGAGGAGGUCUUUGAGGCAACAGACAUCAGCAUUACCGUAUACACACUCUGAACAGAAGAGCAUUUUGGAUGUGUCUACCUUCUGCAUCGCCUGGGCCGCAGGAUUGAGCAAACUGACCUUAAAAUGGGCAGAGGACCGUUUCUUGUGAAGUAGUCUGUGUCACAGGCCAGACCUGGGUUGCUGUAUUCUCAGGAUUGAAUAGGAUUGAAGGAGGGGUUUCUUGUUGCUGGGAAUUUUUCUUUUUCAGGAAGGUAAGGGGAGGGACCAAAUGUUGGGCCUAGGACCCCUAUUUUGCUGCGGAUGCCAUGUGGUUUGUUUGGGUUGCCACUAGGUGGCAGCAUUGCUUUUCUCUGCUGUUUUAAGAGAAAUUUCAGGAAGGAUGUCGGUUUUCAGUUAAUUUUGCACCUUGUGUCAUUUGUUCACAAAUUGAUCCUAGGAGAGAAUUAUGGGUUUAAUUUUUGUUUAAAUUACAAGAUUUUUAUGUUUACAAGGAAUUUGUGGUGACAAAAAUGGAAAAAUAAAUAUUUUUUUGGGGGGGGGCUCCAGUGA